AUGUACUUCGCCAAGCAGAUCAGUCUUAUGAGCCUUGCUCUUGCAUUCGCAGCAGCAUCUCCAGCAGCCCAGCCGAACCCCAAAGUGUUACAAGCUCGCGAACAAAACAAAGACAGAUUCAUCAACCCCUCAGACCCGAAGUUGAGCCUUGACGAGCAGUGUACCUGGAUAGAAAAAGUCCCUACGCAUUACCACUACAAUGUCGUCAUCAACGAUGCCACAGAUUUCACCGAUGACCAGUGCGGUUCUGGGUUCCUCGACAAUCUCCACGGCCGCGGCUGCGCAGUGACAGGCUGGGACUGCAACUAUGCCGAUGAUGACAAGACUAUGAACGCCGGCUUCAAUACAGAUACGGCUUGUGAAGAUGAUGAUGUUAGCAAAGCCAUCAACGCGGCUUUUGGCGAAAAGAAAGUGAGGUGUGCGAACUAUGAAUUCGACAUCAAAUGUGGUGAUGAUGGCAAGUGCGAUGUUGACAAGCCGAGAGAUAACAUUUGGGAUGAAUAA